GCGCACCUGGGGACCAUCAUGGGGCUGAUGGCGGGGACCUGCCCGCUGGAAGUGGCAGAGGAGGAGGACGAGCUGGUCGAUGCCGCCUUCAGCGCUGCUGACGAGGACCGCAGCGGCACCCUGAGUUUCCGGGAGUUCGCCAUCUGGUUCUCGAGCCACAGCUUCGACGAGGGGCCGCUCCAGCUGGAG